GCCGCAGGGGGAGGGCCCGCGAGCCGCGCGUGCAGCUCUGCCGGAGCGCGAGCCCGAGCUCGAGCCCGGGAGCGCCGAGCCCGGCUGCGGACCCUCUUGUUCAUGGAGCCUGUGUCCACCAUGACUGAGCCCCGGGGCCCCGUAGACCAUGGAGUCCAGAUUCGGUUCAUCACAGACCCAGUGGGUGACACGGAGAUGGGCACCCUUCGUCGUGGUGGACGGCGUCCGGCCAAGGAUGCGAGAGCCAGCUCCUACGGGGUCGCUGUGCGCGUGCAGGGCAUUGCUGGGCAGCCCUUUGUGGUGCUCAACAGUGGGGAGCAAGGUAGUGACUCCUUUGGAGUCCAGAUCAAGGGGACCCACGGCAGAGGGGCCGCAGGAGCUCUGAGCUCUGACUCGGAACCCCUGGAGCGCUCCUACUCUCACGCCAAGGGGUUUCCUGCACGCUCACAGGGCAGCUUUUCGGAUGAGGAGUCCGGGGCCUGUGGGAACGGGAGGCUCCUCCGGUCCCGGUCCCAGGCCUCCCUGGCAGGCCCUGCCCCCUUGAGUGCCAGUGCCCGCAGUGCCAGCCUGCUGGAGCUGGCCCCUCCCGGAGCCGCGCUGGGCGGCACCAUUGACACUGCUCCCCUAUCUUCAGUGGACUCUCUCAUCAACAAGUUUGAUAGUCGACACGGAGGGCAGAGCCGGGGCCGGACCAGCCGGCGCUUGCGGACCCUAGCGCCCGAGCAGCGCAAGCGGAGCCAAAGCCUGGACAACCGGCUCCCACGGGCCGCCCUCGAGGACCGGGAGCGCCUGUCCCCCCUCCGUGGGGCCCCUGGCACAGAGCUGGAUGGCCCCGUGGGCAGCUCAGCCCAGAGCCACAGCCCUCCCGGCGGCCUUAGCCGGGCCCGUCGGACGCAGGACUGGCUUCCUCAGAGUCUGGAGGAGCCGCAGGGGAGAGCCCAGGACCCCGGCCUGCUGCAGUUCAAAUCAACCCCGGACCUCCUCCGAGACCAGCAGGAGGCUGCCCCACCCGGCAGUAUGGACCAUGUGAAGGCCACCAUCUACAGAAUCCUGAGGGAGGGGAGCUCAGAGAGCGAGAUGUCUGUGAAGAGGAAGGUCAGCUUGGUGCUGGAGCAGAUGCAGCCUCUGGUGAUGACUUCUGGUUCUGCUAACCAGGCUGGGCAGGGUGAGCUCACCCGAAAAGUGGAGGAGCUGCAGCAAAAGCUGGAUGAAGAGGUGAAGAAGCGACAGAAGCUAGAGCCGUCCCGGGUCGGGCUGGAGCGGCAGCUGGAGGAGAAGGCAGAAGAGUGUAGCCGACUGCAGGAGCUGCUGGAGAGGAGGAAGGGGGAGGCCCAGCAGAGCAUCAAAGAGCUCCAGAACAUGAAGCUCCUUGUGGACCAGGGUGAAAGGGUACGACACGGGCUGGAGACCCAAGUGAUGGAGCUGCAGGACAAGCUAAAACGGGCCCAGGGGCCUGAGCCUGCUAAGGAGGCACUAAUGAAGGACCUGUUAGAGACCCGGGAGCUUCUGGAAGAGGUCUUGGAGGGGAAGCAACGGGUAGAGGAGCAGCUGCGGCUGCGGGAGCGGGAGCUGACGGCCCUGAAGGGGGCCCUGAAGGAGGAGGUGGCCUCCCGCGAUCAGGAGGUGGAGCAGGUCCGGCAGCAGUACCAGCGGGACGCAGAGCAGCUCCGCAGGAGCGUGCAGGAUGCAACCCAGGACCAUGCAGCAUUAGAGGCUGAAAGGCAGAAGAUGUCAACCCUGGUGCGGGAACUGCAGAGAGAGCUGGAGGAGACCUCUGAGGAGACAGGGCAUUGGCAAAGCAUGUUCCAGAAGAACAAGGAGGAGCUUAGAGCCACCAAGCAGGAACUCCUGCAGCUGAGGAUGGAGAAGGAGGAGAUGGAAGAGGAGCUUGGGGAGAAGAUGGAGGUCUUGCAAAGGGAAUUGGGGCAGGCCCGAGCUGGUGCCGCAGAUACUCGCCACAUGGAGGAGCUCAAGAAGGAGCUGCGCCGGACACAGCAGGAACUGAAGGAGCUGAAGGAAGAGCAGCAGAGCCAGGAGGUGGCUGGGCGCCACCGGGAGCGGGACUUGGAGAAGCAGCUGCGGGCCGAGGCGGAUCGAUGCCGGGGGCUGGAACAGCAGAACCUGCAGCUACAAAAGACGCUCCAGCAGCUGAGACAGGACUGUGAAGAGGCUUCUAAGGCUCAGAUGGCGGCAGAGGCAGAGGUGGCGGUGCUGGGGCAGCGGCGGGCGGCCGUGGAAACCACGCUUCGGGAAACCCAGGAGGAAAACGACGACUUCCGGCGGCGCAUCCUGGGUCUGGAGCAGCAGCUGAAGGAGGCCCGAGGCCUGGCGGAGGGUGGGGAAGUGGCGGAGGCGAGGCUGCGGGACAAGGUGCAGCGGCUGGAGGCAGAGAAAAAGCGGCUUGAGGAGGCCCUGAACACAGCUCAGGAAGAGGAGGGGAGCCUUGCAGCUGCCAAGCGGGCACUGGAGGCCCGCCUGGAGGAGGCCCAGCGGGGGCUGGCCCGCCUGGGGCAGGAGCACCAGGCACUGAACCGGGCCUUGGAGGAGGAAGCGAAGCAGCGGGAGGCGCUCCGCCGGGGCAAGGCCGAGCUGGAGGAGCAGAAGCGGCUGCUAGAUAAGACUGUGUGCCAGCUCAACAAGGAGCUGGAGCAGAUCGGGAAUGACUCGAAGCAGGCCCUGCAGCAGCUCCAGGCCCAGCUGGAGGAUUAUAAGGAGAAGGCCCGGCGGGAGGUAGCAGACGCCCAGCGCCAGGCCAAGGAGUGGGCCAGUGAGGCUGAGAAGAGCUCUGGGGGGCUGAGCCGGCUUCAGGAUGAGACCCAGAGGCUGCGGCAGGCCCUGCAGGAGUCCCAAGCGGACCGAGACACUGCCCAGCUAGACAAGGAGCUGCUGGCCCAGAGACUGCAGGGGCUGGAGCAGGAGGCGGAGAACAAGAAGCGGUCCCAGGACGACAGGACCCGGCAACUCAAGGGCCUCGAGGAAAAGAUCUCACGGCUGGAAGCGGAGUUGGAUGAGGAGAGGAGCACGGUGGAGCUGCUGACUGAACGUGUGAAUCGGGGCCGGGACCAGGUGGACCAGCUGAGGACAGAGCUCAUGCAGGAGAGGUCAGCUCGACAGGACCUGGAGUGUGACAAAAUCUCCCUGGAGAGACAGAACAAGGACUUGAAGAGCCGAUUGGCGAGCUCAGAAGGCUUCCAGAAGCCUAACGCCAGCCUCUCUCAGCUUGAGUCCCAGAAUCGGGAGUUGCAGGAGCGGCUGCAAGCUGAAGAGAGGGAGAAGACAGCUUUGCAGUCCACGAACCGAAAACUGGAGCGGAGAGUUAAAGAGCUGUCCAUCCAGAUCGAUGAUGAACGGCAGCAUGUCAAUGACCAGAAGGACCAGCUAAGCCUGAGGGUGAAGGCUUUGAAGCGGCAGGUGGAUGAAGCGGAAGAGGAGAUUGAGCGACUUGAUGGUCUGAGGAAGAAGGCCCAGCGUGAGCUGGAGGAGCAGCACGAGGUCAAUGAGCAGCUCCAAGCCCGGAUCAAAGCCCUAGAGAAGGACUCCUGGCGCAAAGCUUCCCGGGCAGCUGCCGAGUCAACCCAGCACGAAGGGCUGAGCUCAGAUGAGGAAUUUGACAGCGUCUAUGACCCUUCCUCCAUCGCAUCUCUGCUCACGGAGAGCAACCUGCAGACCAGUUCCUGUUAG